CAUUGCAAGGAUGCGAUGUCCGAGCUGGGACAAUAUGUUAGGAGGGCCGAAGUUGACAUAGCACUGCUGCAAGAACCUUAUGCAUGGAAAAAUCGGGUGGCAGGCCUGGGACAUCUUGGGGGAGCUCUCUACUACGAAGGGAAUGGUGAGCUGCCUCCUAGAGCAUGCAUUUAUGUGAGCAACAAAAUAAGAAACAUGGGUUGUGUCAUGACCUUAUGUUACAGAGACCUUGUUGUGGUGGAGACCUACUUCAUGAAAGAAGAUGGCAAGAGAUACAAGGUGGCGCUAGCGUCCUGCUAUUUGCCGGGCGAUGGAGUGGCACCCACGAAGGAACUAGAAGAAACGGUACUGUGGUACAGAGGAAAACAAGAAGAUUUGAGGAGAAUAGUGUGGGAAUGCCGCCGGGACAGUAACCUGCAGCUCCAACUCCAGGGAACCGGGCUGAAUGAACGCGACAAGCUAUCGACAGCCCGCCUGCUUCCGGCCGGGCGUCCCUACACUACAUCUACAUCUAAAUAUCCCGAAGUGUCUCUAAGCUAA